AGUGUCGUGGGAGACGUAGGAAUAGCUUUUGACCCAUUGUUUUGAGCAAUCAUUGAGCAGUGGUGUGGAUCUUGUGUAUCCGCAGCGAGUUGCUCUGCACAAGAUAUCUCUUUGUUUAAUCUGUGACAUACAGGAAAGGUGACACUUUAUGAAUCAACAGGAAGGUCUACAAUUUUUUCAAGGAGAAUAUAAACAAGACCACGUUUAUUUACCUCAUACUGGCUGGAAGCUGCAUAAUAGCUAUUGGACUCCUACCCCUGCCUACAGUUACUAUCCUUUAUAUCUCGUCAACGGACAACCCAAUCAUAGAAACGCCAUAUGGGAAGGUUACAGCAUUUAUCCAGAGGAGUAUAAAGUGCCGCAGGGUAUUUCUACACUCCAUUCUCAAGAAGCCCAAUCCAAGUUUGGAAUUCAAGUAUCUCAUACUGACCCUAACAAAGAGAGUGAUAUUUACAUUCUCUCAAAGGAUCACUUAGGAAAUGUUCACGAAGAGAUACGCACAGGAAAUACCUCCCCUUGCUCUGGAAGUGAGCAACCACUGGUGGACACGGGACAAAACAACCAUAUUAUAGAACCAGUUCAUGCAUUCUUUGAAGAAUGCUCCAAUUGUAGUACUACUUCCAGUAGUUUUCGCUCCUCAAUGGAAGAAAUGAGAAAUGAAGGUAAACAAAAUUCUGCAGACAACUCUCAACGGAAUGCUCCAUCCAACUCAACUUCACGAGAAACCAAAUGGAAUUGCGAUACAGAAGAAGAAAGUCAUUUCUAUCAAUCUUUGUAUGAAUUAAUGUCUAGAAGAGGACAACCAAUCUUGCGUUUACCUACUUUAGGGUUUAAAGAGUUGGAUCUUUUUAGGUUAUUCAAGGAAGUGACUAGUAGAGGGGGUGUUGAUUAUGUUAUUGCAAAGAAGCAAUGGAAGGAAGUUGCAGAUGCUUUAGGACUUCCAAGCUCCUGUACAGAUUCUGGGUUUCGAUUAAGGCUUCAUUAUAUUCGCUAUUUGGAGCCUUAUGAAAGAACAUAUUUCACGCCACCUCCUGACAUUAUCAACUCAUUAUUCAAGUAUAGAGGACGAAAACUGGGCAAUCUGUAUAGCAAUCAACGAGCCAAACAUCAUACAAACAGAAAAAAGUGUAUUUCGAAAUCUCCCUCAAUGGAAAGACCUGUUCGUUGUGUGCAAGUGACUGGAUGUGAAGACAAGAUGGAAAGAAACGAGCCAUGUAAUACUACGUCCCCAAAGAGACGGAAAUAUCCGAAUAGAAAGACAGAGGAACAAUUGGAUAACGAAAUUAAGCAAUUGAACAACAAUAGUUCGAGAGUUCCUGCUACAUUUCAAGUGGAUAAUGAUUUCCAUCAAGUGAAUAACUGCGAGAUGGAUAGUAGCUUCCUGACAUCCUCUCCAGAUGAAUGCUCAAAUAGGGACAAGUCCAUACGUUUAUUUGAUCGGAUAGGAGAAUGUUCUUUAAUGAGAUAUGUUGACCGAUAUUUGAAUAAGCGUUGCUCAGAGUUGACUAAUGUUCCUCGGCAGAAUCUCGUUCAUAUGGCGGAGGAGCACUUUCAAAGUAUGCAUUUGUCACCUUCUGAAGAAGCAGAAACUUUGUUGAAGUUUCUUCAAGUAGUUUGCUGUGAUAACAAAUUAUCAUGUGAAGACUUUUAGUCGUAUAUCUUAUUGUUUGAAAUAAAAGAUACUUGCUGUUC